GUAUUGAAUGUGAUUCAGUUUCAUUAGUUUUUCAUUUCAUUGGUUUUCACGGCAGUUUUUGUAUCUCAUUGUGUAAUUGCUCGUUUCCAUGCACGUUAGGGURACWYCUGCAAUCAAACGUGUCCUCAAGGUACAUACGGCUACCUCUGUGCACAAAAAUGCAUGGAAUGCCCCAAAGGKGCUACAUGUGAUCACGUGACUGGUAUUUGCGUGUGCAUGCCUGGUUACAUAGGAGAAAGGUGUCAGCAUACUUGUCAGGAAGGGAACUACGGACUCAAAUGUUUAAAGAAGUGCGCAUGUCAGAAUAACGCCAUCUGUUCACCCAUCGAUGGCUUCUGCAACUGUACCUCAGGGUUUACCGGCGUGCAUUGCGAGAAACAGUGUUCCAGUGAGGCUGGAGGAGAUCUAACACAGCGCUGCGAAGAGGAAAYACAAUACGACAAGACAUUUCAAGCCGAAAAUAACCACGCGAUUCCCGUCGUCCUGGGAACCAUUUCCUUUGUAAUAGUGGCUGCAAUAGCAAUAAUAUGCUUAGUAAGAUACAAGCGAUCAAAGCGCAUGUCUGGAGGAGAAGAAACCGCUGAGAAUGCUAAUCAACAGGUCACAGAGUACACUGACAUAUCCCAGACAGCACCAGGGAAUGAAGAGCGAAUUUACCAGACUCCCUACCCUGUUCCACUAGCCGCUCUUCACAGUGAUUAUGCAGAACCAAGGCAUUAUGCGGAACCUACGUCGCCAUCAGUCGCCGCUCCUAAAACGCAUGAAUACGCAACUCCUACACUCCAUCCACAWUGCACAGCGGCUUGUAGUGACGUAAAUGUUGCCAAGACAACUAACAAGUACAUGGAGCUUCAUAAGCCAGCACGCAUGAACAUCUAUGAGCAAAUGUCGCCAGUUACACGAAGCAAAACUGAAUUUUCUGUCGGGGACGAUGAAGAAGUAGUGCCAUCUAAUGAAUAUGAAAAUCUUCAAUCGAGRAAUGACAAUGAUUAUGAGCCACUUUGUGCUUCCUCAUCCCUCCCUGCUGAAAAACAACAAUCAAAAUGACACGAUAAACGCAAAGUGUGCGUUAUUUUCAUGAAUUCACUCGCUGUAAAUAUUGCAUCAAGAAAACGACGUUGACAAGGUCGACCAAACACACUUUCCUCCCCUUGUAAUUUUGUCAAAUAUAAUCUUUUUUCCCGCCAUCACAGUGUCUACUUACAAGUCUGUAUAUGUCUGCUCAACGGUUGAUUUGUUGAUAACAACCGUUAAUGAUUAAUUAAACAAUAUCCCUAAUACUUUUCAAUGAUAGAUAUGAUUGAUUGAUUUGUAAAAAUAAAUAAGUAAAAAAGAAAAAUUAUAAUUUGCUCUUUAAAACUUAUGCUCAUCAAGUUAAA